AUGUUCGAUGGAGAUGUCCGCACUUUGAAAGUGGCAGUAGUGGGUGCUGGUGGAGGGAUUGGCCAACCACUAUCGCUCCUAAUCCGUCGUAUUCGUGGAAUCGAUGAACUGGCUCUCCAUGAUCUCUCCGAAAUGAAGGGAAUUGCUGCGGAUCUUUCGCAUGUCAGUCAAAAAGGAAAUGUAACUGGUUUUACGGGUGACGUCGAACUUGAGCCGGUGGUUAGAGGAGCGGAUUUGGUGGUUGUGGCCGCCGGAAUGCCGCGUCUUCCAGGAAUGCAGCGGGACCAACUGAUGGCCGCCAAUGGCGGUGUGGCUGUAAGAGUGGCCACUGCUGUGAGUAACGCCUGUCCAGGAGCCCUCUUGGCCUUCAUCACCAAUCCGGUCAAUAUGAUUGUGCCAACGGCAGCGGAGGUCCUUAAAGCCCAUGGCGUCUAUGACCCACGACGACUUUUUGGCAUAACUACUUUGGAUGUGGUGCGCUCGAAAAAGUUCAUUGGUGACUCCAUGAACAUAUCUCCGAAUGACGUUCAUAUUCCCGUGAUUGGUGGUCAUGCCGGGAUCACAAUUUUGCCACUUCUCACGCAAUGUCAACCAAAGUUUAAAAGAGGUCUAGAAGAAACCAAGCAACUAACCCAUCGCAUUCAGGAGGCCGGAACAGAGGUGGUAAAUGCCAAGGCUGGUAAGGGUUCGGCCACUCUGUCGAUGGCAUUUGCUGGCGCACAUUUUGUGGACUCCCUGCUUCGUGGAAUUGGUGGUCAGGAGGGCGUCAUCGAGUGCGUCUUUGUCGCCUCGGAUUUAACGGAGGCCCCCUUCUUUGCCAGUCCCCUGGAAUUGGGUAAAUAUGGGGUCAAGCGAUAUCUACCCCUUCCCCAAAUGAGUGACUCUGAAAGGGAGUCGUUGGAUAAGCUACUUCCCGUUCUACAACAGAAUGCCAAUGAGGGGAUCGAAUUUGCUAGAAAGUCCUUGAAGGAAUUAGAGAAGGCUGCACCGGCAGCUUUGCCAUAAUGUCGAAAAAUUUGUGCAAAAUACAUAAUAGUUAAUAA